AUGGCAGAAGUCGGUUUAAUCGGGCUCUUCCCGGAGCUCACGAUUGGUGAUCAGUCCAAGCGAGUCAAAGCCGCCACAGGCCUCUGUACCGGUCUCGCAGGCGCUUCGGAGAACGAAAAAGUCGCUCAUGAUGUCAAAUAUUCAUUUGAGCGUUUGAUAAAAGGUCUUUCUGCCAAUAAAGGCUGGUCUCGACCUGGAUUUUGUCUUGGCCUUACAGCCAUCCUCUCAGAGGUGCCAGAAAUCGACACCGCUGAGGUCAUCGAAUUUAUGAGAACGACACUGGCUGAUAAAACUGAUCCUGACAACUUCAAAGGCCUCGCCCUUGGCCGAUGCUUUUGUAUGGCAGCUAUUAUCAAAUCUGGUCGAGCUACAGGCGAACAUAGACUCGAAGUUCUCAGUCAGCUGUUUAAAAUCCUCGUCAAACGACCAUAUCUUCGCCAGCUCGUAUGUCAAGUUAUUGUUGAGCUGAUUGAAACGGCAGAAAAUAUGGAGGAGUUCUCUUCCGAAAUUGCUGAGCAUCUAACAAGAGUUGGACCAGAUCUUACCACGAAUGCAGAUCUCGCUUAUGUUCUAUUCAAGAUUCAAAAACGCUCGCUUAUAACGCCAGACGACUUCCGUGUCUUUUGGGGCUCAAAAGAAAUCAUGCCGGAAGACAAGCCAAAGAAAGCAUUCGAAAAGCUCAAGGUGAUUCUCCAUGGAGCGACCUCCAGACAUCCAAAGACCCAUCCAAUUAUCAAAUUAAUUUGCGACGAGGCACUCGCUUCAUCCUCGUUCGCUGACUUCUGGGAUCAUUACGAAAAAGAAUCACAAAAACUACCGUGGGAGAAGAAAUACGUAACGAUGGAAUUGUUGAAUUACGCCGUGAUUUCUACCAAAUCGACCGAGCAACUAGUGCCGCUUUUGUCCGGGGAAGCGUGCAGACUAGCCCGCAAUUCGCUUAUUCACUCAGAACGAUUCCUGUUUCACCAGGCUGAAGCUUUUGUGAAAACUAUUGGCGACCUUGUCAAAUCCUCAGACGCCGAGAAGCAGCGAGUUAUUUUCAUGAGCCUCCUCAAAUUCACCCCUCUAACAAAACAAUUCUGCAUGGCUGUUAUCAAAAAUUUAUCGUCCAAGAACCACAUCUGGUUCGCAAAGUGGUUCGUUAAUGCCUUCAACAAGGGCAAAGAUGACAUGUUCGAGAUUGAUCUUGGGGACCCGUCUGCAAUGCGCAAGUGGCUGGUGCAAAAUCUCAAUAUAUUCAUCAAGACAUCGCUCGAUCAUGAGUCUCUUUGGUACAUUGUCCGCACAUUGAUUGUGAUCGCCUUCUUCAAUGUCGGGAAACUAUCGAAAAAGUGCGAUAUUCCUGAACUAAAGGCCUCCCGAGAAGAUUUCAAGCCAGACGAGCUUCGGGAAGCUACACAAGUUUUGAUAAACGCUGUUGUUUCUGGCGCUGACCACGGCUUGUCAAUGAAAGCAGUCGACUUUAUGGAUAAGUUGAUGAAGCAAAAGGGAGUCUCAACUAAUUUGGAAUUGUCCGAAGCUACAGAAGACACCUGGAAGACCAUGAUUGAGCUAAAGUCUGUGAUUCAGAAGCACAAGUACAGCAAAGUCCUCUCGUCCCUCACCUGUGAGUGUGCGCUUUCUAUCUUUGUGGAGAACAGGGAGGAUAAUGUAAUCAUGCUCAACGAUCUGAUGGAGUUGAUCAAAAACGAUCAAGUCGACGAAGAAGCAAUCGUUGAGAUUCUGUUGAGUCUGCUUGUUUCCGAGUCGGGCAAAAACAGAACGAUGGUUCUUGGCUGCUUCCGCCAACUGAUGAAUAACUGCAGUUUGUCCGCGCUUCAGCUAGUCGCAGACGCUAUCAAUCCUGCCACCAGCGCUUUGGAAGUUGAAGACGAGAAUGAAGACUCCGAGGACGACGACGGAGUUGAAGACAUGUCGGAGGAGAGUAGUCAAGAAAAGGCCGAGUCGAGUAGCCAAGAGAAGGAGUCAGACAGCGAAAGCGAAGGUGAAGACGAAGAAGAAGAGGAUGACUUGGAGAGCGACGAUGAAGGUGUUUCGUCUGCUUCCGAUGUUGACGAAGAAGAGGAAGACCAGAUCAACCACCUGAGGUCACGGUUAAAAGCAGCAAUGGGCGAUGCUGCUGCCUCCGAAGAUGACUCCGAAGAUGAAGACGAGAUGACAGACGAGCAGAUGAUGGCUAUGGACGACGCCAUCGGGGCAGCCUUCAAGUCAAUGACAUCGAAGAAGCGUGACGCUGCCGCAAUUCAGCUUCAAAAGCGCAACUUUACCCUUCGAGUGAUGGACCUCGCCGACGCCUAUCUAACCAGAAAUAGUGGCGAGGAGAAGUCUCUCGUCUUCAUGACCCCUCUUCUCAAUUGCGCAAAAACUAGAACGCCAUCUGAGAUCUCAAAGAAAGCAACAAAACUCCUCACAUCUAAUUUCUGUAACUCAAAGAAGAAAAUCUGCAAAACGUACGAUCAAGAAGCUGUCCUCGACAUCUUAGAUCGCCUCGCCUCCGAUAUCAAAACCUACAAUGGAAUCGAGUACGUUUCUCUCGUGCAAAACGUCAUCUUCUUCGUUUUUAAAUGCCUGAGAGAGCGUUUCAACAACUGCGAAGAAGAGCUAACGAAAUGCUUGCAGACAAUGAUCGACGGCCACUUCGCGAAGAAAACGACACACACGCCACUGAAGUUCCUUCAGGAUGUCACGGAACGAUUCCCAGAACUCAUUCGAUUGAUGAUCCCUCUGACGAAGAAGUACUUCACCGAUGCUCCGAAUGUUUACAAAAAGGCGUCUGCCAUCGAGCUAGUCACGAAAGCAUAUGCAUCAGCGACUGGUGAGAUUCUUGAAACUAUCACAGAGACGAUCUCAGACAUCGUGGCUAAAUCUGAAGGCUCCAAACACGAACUGAAGGCCGAGAGACAGAUCGAUCUCGUAGCAGAGCUCCUGAAAGUGAUGAACAAACGCUCUGAGAAAUUCAAGGAAGUGACGAACAUCCGAGACAAUGUUCUUCAAGUUCUUGAGAUCGAGGAGAUCAAGUCAGUGAAGGGAUUCGGCAAAGUUAGGACGCAAGUCGAUAUGUUCGUCGCGAAGAUUGAUCCUAGCUUUACGGAAAAGACGAAAGCAGAAAAGAUCGCAGAGAAGAAGAAACAGACAGAGGCUAGAAUUCAGAAUAAAAUCGCGAGAGAUGAAGCUCGAAAGGCCAAGUUCGAAGCUAUCAAAAAGGAGAAGAUGGAAAAGAUCCCAGUCGGAAAGGCAAAAUGCACCAAGUUUGCCAACGGGGAAACAAAUGUUGAGAUUCAAGAGUCCGUGCGAGGGGAAGAUGUCUUUAUUGUUCAGACAGGAUGUUGCAGCGAUGGAAGCAAUGGGAUCAAAGCCUCCAUAAACGACCAUCUGAUGGAGCUGUUAAUUAUGAUCAACGCCUGCAAAAUCGCCUCUGCUCAGCGCGUGACAGCUCUCAUCCCCAACUUCCCAUACGCAAGACAAGACAAAAAGGACAAGUCUCGAGCUCCCAUCACUGCAAAGCUCGUUGCGAAUCAGCUCACCACGAGUGGAGCUGAUCACAUAAUCACUAUGGAUUUACAUGCUUCACAAAUUCAGGGAUUCUUCGAUCUGCCCGUGGAUAAUCUCUAUGCUGAGCCGCGUGUUGAACUCUGGAUCAGAGAAAACGUGCCUCAGUUUGAGAAUUGUGUGAUUGUUUCUCCCGAUGCUGGUGGAGCCAAGCGAGUUACAUCUCUUGCUGAUAAGCUCAAUACAGACUUUGCGUUGAUUCACAAAGAACGAAAGAAGGCAAAUGAAGUUGCAAACAUGGUGCUUGUGGGCGAUGUCCAAGGCCGACCUGCUAUACUUCUUGACGAUAUGGCUGACACUUGUGGAACAUUGAAAAUGGCUGCCGAUAAGCUGAUCGAAUCUGGUGCGACUGAAGUGUACGCCAUCGUCACCCACGGAAUAUUCUCGAGGGACGCGAUUGAGAAAAUCAACUCGUCGAAAAUUAAGUUCAUCGCUGUGACGAACUCGAUGCCACAAGAGAAGAACAUGAAACUCUCGUCCAAGAUCAAGAUUAUUGAUAUAUCUGGGAUCUUGGCGGAGACGAUUCGGAGAACCCACAAUGGCGAAUCGCUCGAAGUUGCAAAGGGUUUCCGCCUCCCAACCGUCCCUGACGAAGCUUACAAGAAUCUCCAGAACCAUCUGAACAGUUACGAUGUUGGAGUUUUAAUCGCUCUCGAGAAAAUGUGUCUUGCUUUGAAAUCGAUGAUGCUAAGUUUAAUGGUUAUUGAGCGAAAGCUGUCUAUUGAAGAAUGUGUCCGUCUCAGUCGCCUCGAAAAUGAGUACCAGAAAGAAACAUGGGGUACAGUUGAGUACCACCACACCGUGGAAGAAUGUGACAUUCGCGCUAAAGUUGCUGCUCAAGCAUUAUUUAUUCGAUUCUCUGUUGAGGACAUCGACUCCGAUCCAAAACUUAUCUCUGACUACACUCUCUAG